AUGCACUCGACCAGUGCACCUGCUCUCACGUUCGACGAGAUCGAUGACCUUCUGUACUUCACCCGCGCGAACGAGGCACAGGAUCUUCAACAGACAACCACGGAAUUGGCGCAAAAGUACCAAUGCACACCCAGGGAUGUCUUAGAAGCUGCUCGUGAUCCAGAGAAUGGAAACACCGUACUGCAUUACUGCUCAGCGAAUGGUUUGGCAGAGCUGCUACCAAUGUUGUUGAGCAAGCUGGGUGAGUCUGGGAAUGCGACGAGUGCAAAUGGAGAUGCACCGUCUUCCAAGUUCGUCAACCACGCGAACAAGGAAGGCAAUACGCCCCUCCACUGGGCAGCGUACAAUGGACAUCUGGCGGUGGUCAAGCUGUUGGUGGCAGCUGGAGCGGACAUGUGGGUCAAGAAUGGGGCAGGACAUUUGGCGAUGUUCGAGGCGGAAAGAGCGGACAAGAACGACGUGGUGCAAUAUCUACUCGAGGCUGGUGGAAAGGAAGUUGAGCAGGCUGGCUCAGAGGGACAGCCGUCAGCGGAGGACGUUGUGGAGGUGCAAGAGGGAGAGGCUAGCAGCAGUGCACAGGCAGAGUGUCGUGUGGAAAUCGACAUGAACGGCACCAGCUCGAAUGGCUGA